AAAACCCAAAAAAACUGUCAAUGUUGUGCACUUUUUAGACGCUCCCUUAAUAUCUCCCUUCACUACAUAAUGGUGAAUCAUUAUCUUUCAGAAAACGAUAAUAAUAAAAGUAAAAACAACAGCAUGUCCUUCGCCUUCUUCAGCGUGAAAGAAGCAAUUGUGGUUAAAAAGAAAGGAAAAAAGCUGCCCUUUUAGCUUGUUUUAUGAUUGAAUAGUGUUGUUGAAGAGGUGGAGCAGGCGUAGUGAUUUCCAGUCCGGUUGCACCACCUGUCUGAGUGACGAAGCCACCUGUGAGGAAGCCGGACUGUUUACGGAAGUGCUUCAUCCUUCAGAGUGAAUAUCGCGGUGCUGGCUAAAGCCUUGUACGACUACCAGGGCAAUGGACCCGGAGAGCUCAGCAUGAAAUCGGGCGACAUGGUCGGCCUGCGCUGGAGAGUGGAUGACAAUUGGUAUUUUGGCGAUGUUAAAGGGAACAGUGGGCUCGUACCCACCAGCAUGGUUCAGGUCCCGGGCGAGCAAACGCAGCCUGCGCCUUUGUGCCGCGCUCUCUACGACUUCGACCUGAACAGGCUGGAUCCAGAUAACAGGAAGGAGUGUCUGGCCUUCAUGAAGGGAGACGUCAUCACUGUGAUUAAGCGAGUGGAUGAGAACUGGGGUGAAGGGAAGUUGGGGGACAAGGUCGGAAUCUUUCCUUUGCAGUUUACAGAGCUAAAUCCGGCUGCGUUCAAACUCCUGGCGAGUGCGAAGGCGAGUGAUUUGGCAGAAUUUCACCCACGGCACGCGAGAGGGAACAGCAGGAGGACGAGCCUAGAUGCAGGCAGCCACAGACGGCUCUCCAGGACGCAGGCGAGCACGGCCAGGCCUCCCGACGUCAGCGUCCUGAACACUCUGAACCACGGUCAGGUCCAGAGCUCAACAGCUCCUAGCGCGCCUCUAAAGCCUGGCCGACUCUCCACAGUCUCCCAGCUGCGGUCCGGAAGCACUCGGAAAAGCCCGUCAAAGGGUGAAAGAAAGAUGAACGGCGACACUCCUCCAACAAUCACCAUGGCUCUCAUCAACCCACAGACUCUUCCACCACAAGCAGAGAGCAAACAGUCCCCCAUUCAGCAGCUUUCUAUCAGUGUGUGUGCUGCUCUGUAUUCAUACACUCCACAUCGCGCCGAGGAGCUGGAACUGAGCAAAGGCGAGAUGGUAGGGGUCUACGGGAAGUUUAAGGAAGGCUGGUUACGCGGUCUUUCCCUCAGAACUGGUAAAGUAGGCAUCCUGCCUGCCAACUACGUCACCCCUGUGCUUAGAACCUCUGCAAUGUUUGUUGAGCAGCCAAAGCUCGCUGUUCCCAGUGCAGCCAUAGCAUCAGCAAAGAGAUACACACCCCAGAAUCCCCAAGCAGCAUCACUGCCUCUGGAUAAAGUAAAGGUUGAAGUCGCUGCUCCAGUCGGUGCCAUGCCCCCACAGGCAGCUGUACCAUCUGGCAGUGCAGCAAAAUCUCCUCAGGCAGGAGGAAAGCAGGGCUGGGACACGGUCAGACGAACCUUCCAGACUUCACACAGAGGCUCACUCCGGCAUAACGGCUACCAUCCCCAAAAUCCAGGUUCAAGCCUUCAUCCUCCACCUCAGGAUUUGGGACAGAUCUACGGCUUUGGCCGCUCUCCCGUCCUUCCCAGGAAGAGAAAUGGCUUGUUUACAAAUCCCCUCAGGUCACAGCACUGGACUUAUGAAGGAACAGCUCCCUCUGGUGGUGCAUACCAGACAAUGGAUGCCAGGUAUACGACUCCGAAGGAGACUUCCACGGCUCCUCAGUCUAUUCUGAUGAAACCAGAUACUCACAGGCACAACACAGAAAAGCCUGUGAAGUCGGUGAGGUUCUUAACUGAAGAAGUCCCCCAAACCACAACAAGGUUGGCGUCCGUAUCAUCUGGAGCGCAGGUUGUGGGUAACUCUCAAAGCGGACCUGCGGCUCUGGAGCACUGGAACCCGUCAGCCAUCAUAGGUCGGGAUGGAAGUACCUCAGUCCUUAAAGACACAAAGACAUUCAUGCAAAGGAAGGGUCUUGGUCAGAAUAAUGCCAGUGGGGAUUAUCUGCCUUUAGGUACAAAACUGUACACGCUCAACAGCCAGUCCAGUCCCGUCAGACACAGGGUGUUGAUGGGAUAUAAUGCAAAGACUGAUGCGGAGCUGAACCUGCUGGAGGGAGAGCUGGUCCUGGUCCAAAAGCCUCGGCCAGAUGGGAGGGUUCUGGUGAAACAGGAGAUCACUGGAGUGACUGGCCUCUUCCAAAGCAGCAUUCUGGACAUAUUGGACAAAGUUGCCUGAGUGUGUGUGUGUGUGUGUGUGUGUGUGUGUGUGUGUGUGUGUUUGGUUGUGCGUAUGAGUGUGUGUGUGUGUGCACAAUCUGCAAUCAAAAAGAACACCCUCAGUGUUGCUUUUGGAACCAAAGCAAUAUGCUCUUUAUCUAUUUGAGUGUGUUUCAAUGAACAGCAUGCCUCAUAUAACCACAAACGCACAUCCCAGGUCCUCCUCAAAUUUGUCCCUGUGUCAUUUGUCUUUAUUUGUGGUUAUGAAGGUCACAUGCACAUUGGGAUAAUGUUGUUUUUUUUUAACACGUUGAUAUGGCCAAGGCUAGCCGUUUCAGACUCCCAUUCUGAAGGGCCAGAGCACAGCAGAGUUUAGUAUCCUUACAGCUGAUUGAACUCAGCAGUUAAUUAAGAAAGGCAUGAACUGGGUGUGUUUGUUAAAAGGAAAACACAUCUGUAUAAGGCAAUGGUUAUUGAGGGUUUGAGUUUGACACUGCUGAGCUGUGUCUCAGAUCAUGUACAUGACCUUGUAUUUAAAGUAUAUAUUCUAUACUAGUCUGUAAGACUUACAUUGGUUCUGUACAUGAAAGGUUUGCACUUAUUAAAAAUGCACUAUGUGGUAUUGCGAUGAGUUGUUCUCUGAUAAUUGCAUAUCUGUUGUUUGUGUUUGUACAGCUCACUAACAGUAACAGUUUUGAAAUGGAGACUGCUGUCAUUGCAAGCCAUUUUGAUUCUAUCCAAUAUCUGCUACAAGUCCUGUCUUUUUGUUUUAUGGAGCUUGAUUGGACAGGGUAGUGCAAAAAUGUCCAUUGAUCCAACAUAUAAUUUAUUCAGCAAAUAUUGUCCAUCACCCAUUUGUUUUUACAGCACUUCAUCUAUUCGUAUUUCUCCGUGUGAAAACACUACACUGAUAAUAAUUAUUUUUAACAAUUCAAACAAGUGGGAUGGUGGCUUAAAAUUGUUGGUGGGGUAUAGGGGACAUACACCGUUUUUGUUUUUUUUGUUUUUUUGGCUGCAUACUGUUCGCUUUGCCUUUUCUGAAACUAUUGCACACUGCACCAUUAAUCUCUGCAGCUGAAUUAUAAAAUUAUAAAAAUGUAUUUCCAGGUAUUGAAAUGAAGAGCCUUGUGCU